UACUCCAGACACAUCUUAUAAGCCUAACAUGGUUUGUUGGUAUGUUCCAGGAGAAACGUAUAUGCAUUUUUAAUACGGUCCGGUGUUGGGCUGUUUUGUCUGUAAGGCUAGCUGUGCGUGGAGCUAGCAUUAGCGUGCUAAGCUAACGCCUAUGCUAGCUCGGCUAGUCAGCGCGGUGGCCAUUGAUUGUUUGCUUUCAGCCUUUCUUGCUAACUACAGCUGCAAAAGGUGCAUCUUUUCGGACAAAUGUGAACAACUCAGAUUAUAGAUGUCACACGUACCCUUCGAAUGCACCACUAUUUCCCAGCUCUCGAUAGAUCAGAAGCCAGCAGAGAUGGAGGGUUCAAGCAGAGCUGGAGUUUUUCCCUCUCCGCUGACCGUGAAGAGGAGAGGAGGAACGAUCCUUCCCUGGUGACCAUGGAUCAAGUGGGCGGGCGUCAGGAACUUUCCCCUGAAGGGGUGAAGCAGGCGCCCCCUCUGAGGCACUUUGACCCCUUGGAGCCUAUGAAGACGUACGAACGGCGGCCAAAUCAUUUCAAGUCCCUGAACAGAAUGGGAACAGGCAAGCCCAGUGAAGCCCCGCACGCAAUGGCCAUUUCUCCACUACCCAACAGAACCAAUUAUUUAAUUAUGAGUCCAGCGCCAUCUCAAGGAGUGGUAGUUCAAGGAAGGCUGUUUCAACACACUCAUCUCCCCUCUUCUGUCAGAAAGCCAGUCCAAAGCAACCUUGACUUGAAAGAAAGAUCCGACUUCACCACCCAAAGAGCAGAGCUAGACAAAAUCAUUCUCACCUGCCCAGAGAUUUCAGACUCGGAUACUCUGAACAUAAAGAGAUGCGUCCAGCCGAAGAGGCGGCCGAUGUUUGAAAGCAUCGGCACAGCAGAGUCACUGCAGCCAGACGAGUACUUCACUGUGUGCGGAAAGUGUGGCCAGCGAAGCGAAGACCACACGAAGUGUGAAAGCUGCGGGAACCCACUGCCUGCUGAAGUGCCCCUUCUGCCUGCUGUCCCGUCCUCACCUGCCCCUCGAGUGCCUGUACGCUCCCUUCCCUCUCCCGGCUCUCCCAGCAUCACUCAGCUCAGCAAGAGCUUCUACGGCGCGACGUCUGGGGGGCGCUCUACCCAAGCUGAAACGGCUAUGAACCCACCGGCACGCAUUACCCGUGGGGGUCUGUUGCUCCCACACAAUGGCGCCAAGCCGACCAUGGGAAAGAGGCAGCCUCUGGCCAAGCAGCAUGAACUCAAUGACCCCAUUGUACUGUCCAGUGAUGAAGAUGACGAGGCUGACAGUUCUAGCACGGGCAGCGUCAACCGGUUGGACAGCGUCUCUCCGAGGCCUGCUGACUCCGCCCACUCCUCCCCAGCGCCUUCCAGUGGGAGAGUGGAAGCGGCCGUUAAAGAAGUCGCAGAACACGAAGAGCAGGCUUGUGAAUUUUUCACUGACAUGGACCAGAGGAGCAUGGUACCCAGAAGGAACCGCUUAAAAGAUUCACAAUUUCGGAACGCCUUGUGUGAGGACCCGUCUCCAUCUAAGAAACGUAAAUUGGGACAGAUGCCGAAGUUGGAGAGCAUUAUUCUGGAGUGCAGGAGCGUACGGAUAGGAACUCUGCGCAGGAUGGUCACCAAACCUGUCAUCUUCACAGUAGAGUACAUACAGCUUGAGACAGAAGGUCAGGAAAUCGACGUGCUGGAGAAGGUGCGCCUCAGGUCAUCGGAGCUGACAAGCUGCGAAUGGUGCAGCGUUAGGAAGCUGCCUGUCCUCUUUUUCCAGACCAGUGACAGUGAGUGCCAGCGCCUACGCACCCAGCUCCAGAUGUCCCAGGAGAGCGGCGGCCUGUGGUACGACUGCAGUGGCGAAAACUUGGAUGAGAAAUACAUAGUGUUGAUUUUCGAGAAUGGCCUUUCGAUGCAAGAGCAGAUGAUUUUAGAAGACAUCCUGGUUGAGAUUGGCCGAAACAACAAGCUUACACGUUUUCCUGCUAGACUGACCUUCGACGAAGCCAACGUUAGACUGGUUCAGUAUAACAAAGCAUCAAAAGAGAAGGAAAAGGCAAAAGCACAGAAAGCCAAAUUGGUUUCAUCCCCUACAACAUCUGCCACGACUGUGACAACAGUCAAUGUCUCAGUCACCACGGCAACGGCAACCGCAGCAACGGCAAGCACAGUAACAGCGACCCCAGCUGCAUCGACAGAGACGACAGUCCAGACCCGAUUUUCCACUCCGCUUCAUGGGAUCUACGAUGAAGAUGAUGAUGAGGAUAUGGCAGAGCUGCAACCUACUUUCACAGGCCCUAUCAUCAAGUUGAUAGUGUAUCCACCUCCUCCAGCUAAAGGUGGAAUCUCUGUGACCAAUGAAGACCUUCACUGUCUAAACGACGGAGAAUUUCUGAAUGACGUCAUUAUAGACUUUUAUUUAAAAUAUCUCUUUAUGGAGAAGUUGAAGAAGGAGGAUGCAGGCAGAAGUCACGUUUUCAGCUCCUUCUUCUACAAGAGACUCAACCAGAGAGAAAGAAGAAGUGCACCGGACACAACUAACCUACCAAUACAGAAGAGGAAGCACAAUCGGGUAAAAACAUGGACGCGACAUGUGGACCUUUUUCAGAAGGACUUCAUCUUUGUUCCCAUCAAUGAGUCAGCACACUGGUAUCUUGCAGUGAUCUGCUUCCCAGGUCUAGAGGGACCGUGCAUGGAGCCCAAUCCUCAGUAUCAGCCCCAGACGCAGUCCCAGGCCCAGGCUUCGUCCCCGUCUGAGUUAGGGAGCUCUGUCCUAAGCGAAGGAGGCACCGAGGAGCCCUCGCCUCACACCGAGCCCCUCUCCUUUAAUCCAGAGGAGGGUAAUACGGAAGCCGAGGGACAGGACGUGAGCCACUCGAGUAUACCUUCCUGUCCACAUCGACCCCAAGAGCACAGCUGCACUCACAGCCAAAGGGUCAACGGACAGGUUCAGUCACAUUACACAGAUGGUUUGCAAAGAAUCAGUGUGUGUUAUAGCAGUGAAGAUCCUGGCACCUUCUCAGAUGACCAAAGCUCCUCUCAUGAUGAGUGCAGUGAGGAUGGAGCGCUGGCGGAAGACACUGCAACGUCAGAGAGCAUGGAGUGGGCAUCCAGACCUACCAUCUGCAAACAACCUUGUAUCCUCAUCAUGGACUCGUUGCGAGGCCCUGCCAGAUCUACAGUGGUGAAGACAUUGCGAGAAUAUCUGGAGGUAGAGUGGGAAGUGAGGAAGGGCACUCAGAGGAGUUUUGGGAAGGACUUGAUGAAGGGCUCGAGCCCGCGGGUGCCACAACAGGACAACUUUAGCGACUGUGGCGUCUACGUGCUGCAAUACGUCGAGAGCUUCUUUGAGAACCCCGUGCCAAGCUUCCAUCUCCCUAUGAAUUUAUUGGACUGGUUCCCCCAGCAGCGGAUGAAGACUAAACGUGAGGAGAUCAAGGAGCUCAUUCUGAAGAUCCAGUCCAAACAACUGUUGGACCGGGAGAACUCUGGGCAGGACCUGGACGUCGGAGAGGUCUGCGAGGACUUGGACGUUGGAGACGCCUUAGAGUCAGCCGACCUCAUCCCACCAAUCAGUUCAUGAACUCCAGCCCCAUGCUGCUAUAGCUCUUCUUAUGAAACAGUCCUGUUGACGCCGCACCCCCACUCAUGGCACCGACGGCUAGUCGGAGCCCCUUCAUGAUCGUACGCUGCUGGACGAUUCCGCCGUGACAACAACUGUUUCUGUUUUUUUUGUUUGUUUUUUUCUCCUUCGUUAACAAAAGAGCAAGAAGACUUCAUUUGUAUUAAAGAAACAUGUAUAUAUGCUGAACAGUUUUUUUGUUUGUUUGUUUGUUUGUUUGUUUUUGCUGACUUGUGAAUUUGACCUCUCAUGAUCUCGUCUCUCAUUCUUGCACCGAGUUAAAAGUAUUCAUUCAUCUGUUGACUUCAUGAAGGUCACAAACAGCCCUGACUUCUCCACACGCCUGAACAGUAACUGUUUAAUGUCCCGUUCUGUCUGUACUUCAACUCACGCUUUUCACCAUGGAAAACAAUUUGUUAUUUGUAGGCUAAGCAUCCAAAAACAUCUGGGUUUUUUUUUUUUUUUUUUUUAAACAAACAAACAAAAAAAUUAGCUUGUCUCAUGGCAUAACACCGUUGCUAGACAGUGCCUGUCAGAGCUUUAUAAAUGUUACCACGUCUAAGUGGACCUCAUUUUCAAUAUUAAAACUAUUUGAGAUGCAAGCGUGCACAUCUGCCUUAGUUCAUACAGAUAUAAGCGUUUGAAACAGAGGGUCACGAGUGCUCUUUUCUAUUCUUUACUGGUCUGCAAUAAAUAUAAUAUAAUUACAUAAUAAAGUGAGUAAAAUUGAUAGUAAUUGAUGACGGGCACCUCUGUUUAUUUUUCUGUAAAUGCUUCACACUGGAUCCUAAAUACUCGUACAUUAAUGACUGUAUUGCGCCAUACUUGUGUCCAUAUGUGGUUUAUUAUUAAAUGACUUGGUAUUCAAUUAACAA